AUGGCAGAAGAGUUAUUAACUUCGCGUUCUUUGCCUUCAGUUAGCCAAGAGAACAAUUCCAGUGGACGUGCUUUCGCUGUAAAAGACAGAAAAACCGAAAGCAAGGCUAUUGAGCAACGUCUUGCGUGGGAAGUGGUGGAUGAAACCGAAUGGGCAGAACUAAAGUUAUUGCAUAAGAAACCACAUGGACAUGGACGCAGGAAUAUCAUGCUUCCCAAUACAACAAAUUCAAAGACAACCGGAGCCUCAAGGCUUAAGUCGGAUCGUUACAGUCAUCGUUCUUUAAAAACAGGAGACAUGAAACUGCCUAAACAGGACAUGAAUAGAUCGGGUGUUUUGAACUCAGCUUCUCCGGGUCACAAUCCAAAUCAUUUGUCUCGAAGUGAGCCGACCUCGGUAGCCCGCAUGCCAUUCUUGUCACCAAGAUCACGAGCUUUUACUGAACCUUGCUUACAUUCGUCUUUAGAAGACAACAGUACGACAGUUCAUGGAAAAUCGUUUCGAGAAAACCUUAGCGUGAUUUAUCGUCAACAAAAGGGGAUGAGAAAGCUGGAGUAUGAUAAUAUGGCCUCAAGGCAAGCGUUAAGUGAUGCUCAAGAUUUAAUACGCGACCUGAAAUCAAAAAUUGAGAAAAGGAAUAAAUACAUUAGGGACAGGCAUAAGAAGGAAGGAGACCUCAUUCACGAUCUCGAGACAUUAAGAAAAGAAAGAGAUGAAAAGCUGUUCGAGUAUAAGCAAAUAAUGAAAACUAUGAACGAAGCUUUAUCGCUGAAGGACAAAUCUCUUGAAGACACUGAGGCGGAGAGAACGCAGACUGAAAGUGUUUAUCAAGAUCACUUGAAAGAAAAUACUGAUCUGAUGAGAAAAAUUGAAGCACGGGAAAAGCAAAUAAAACAAUUGAAAGAAAAGACAGAGAAAGCAUCGAAAUGGAAGGCUAAUGUUCGACAAUGA